UUUCGUCUUCUCAUCCCUUUUGCCAUGACGGAAAACACGAAUUGAUGUGGAUUUCUAUUAAUUUAUAACAUAAAAAUACGUCGAAAGUUGAACUAUCAGACAUCGCGCUAGUCGAAGGGCAGAAAGCAAGGCGGACGACAUGCAGGAGAAGUGGUUACUGGCCGGCCUUUCGGUGGCGCUUCUAAUGAGCUCCUGCUCGGCGCUGUACGAAGACCAGAUCAAGAAGUUCGACUGGCGAGGCGUUAAUGUGGGAGCACUGAAGCAGUCUCGCGUGGACCUAAACCACUUUCAGCCGCGGAUUCUGGUCAGCACUCAUGAAGGAGUGGUGGCCAGUCUGUGCGUGAAGACCGGCGAAUUGGUGUGGCGGCAGGUGCUCGAGCAAAAGCCGCGCGGCGACAUCAAGCUGCUCCAGGUGAGCGGAUUCUCCGAUGACAGCAGCGAGACGGCUGCCGCUCCUAUGGGCAGCAACCUGGGCUUCGACAUGCUAACCGUUCAGGGACACGCGCCCGCUUUGGUGCGCGGUUGGAACACCAAUAUGGGUGCCCUUGAGUGGGAGUGGUCCAUCAUGCCAAUGAACACAGAGCGAGCCCAGGACGCCAUGUGGAUCUACAGUAAGUCCGUCCUAUACCACGUGUUGCCUGCCUGGCGGAGCCACUUGGAGGUUACAGCGUAUUUCGCCAGCUCGGGCCACAGCACUGGCAGCACCAGCAAGGUUAUAGCUCCUUGGAUCACCCCAGAGAGCUGCACGCUCAGCGGUACUUUCUACGUUUGCACGGAAGGAAAGCAAUUGAUUAGCCUAGAUCUUGUUUCAAAAAGCGGUCAGGUGAUUCGUACUUCGCUCGAAACGGAGCCGAAUGAAAAAACUCAGGCCCUAACGGGUCUGAAUGGUGUUGUAAUUGUGGAUGGCAAGCCAAUUAGUGUCAACAAGGAGCAAUCGAUCUGCGGUGGCUUGCAAAGCUCUAGCUACGCCGUGGGGAGCUUUAACUACCGCAAGAUCUUGGCGUUUGCCGAUCUGUCUUCUGGAAUUCUCAAGAUCAAUGCUCUGUAUUUGGAUAACUGUGCACCGGCAGCCGAGUUGGAGCAGAGUCUGCCAUUCCCCAAGCAUUUUGGCACUCCGUCGCUGAACAACUUUGACUGCAAGCAGAAGCGCAAUGGCGAGGGCAAGAACUGUCUGUUUCUGUUUAGCACCACAUCGGAAUCCAUUGUGGCAGUGCAGCAGGGACGCGUUCGUUGGUCGCGUGAAGAGGCGCUGGCCAAUGUGAUCGACUCACAGUUUGUGGAUCUGCCGCUGGCCGAUACCGAGGGCACAUUGGAGAACGAGAUGAAGGGCAAGGCCGCGGAUUUCACAAGUUUUGAGAGAGACAUUGCUAGUGCCUUUCUGCGUCGCAUCACCACUCAAGCUGUUCAGAUUCGGAGCUUGUUCCUUCAUGUUAUCGGUCUAGGACCUCCACCUACGGCCACCCAGCGAGCUGGGUUGGUCAGGGAUUCCUUUGGUCUCCACAAGAUGCUGGUUUUAUUAACGCGUUCUGGAAAGAUCUUUGGCGUUGACAAUGUCUCUGGAAAGCAUCACUGGCAGUUGUAUCUUUCAAAUGUUAUUGGAUUCGCCAACAACGAACAGAUGCGUCUGAUUGUCCAGCGCUCGGCCAAACACUUUCCGCUUCAGCCCCUGUGCACUAUUUUGGGCAAGAAUGCUGUCAACGGCAAUGGCGUACUCUAUCGUUUUAAUCCUAUUACGGGCCAAGUAGCCGAAGGUGGUCUCGUUCAGCUGGACUACAAAAUUAAGCAGCUCUCGUUGCUGGAAGAAACGGAAAAGGACUUUGUGAAAGGCAUUCUGUUAAUGGAUUCUUCGAACAAGGUACACGUUUAUCCUGAACAUGCAACGCCACUGGCUGAUGGCAUGUAUUUGUACACCGCCGAUGUGAAAUCUGCAGAGUUGUCCGGCUAUUUUAUUAAAUAUGCGGGCGGGCAACUGUCCAGCACGCACAUUUGGAAUGCUCGUCUGGGCGGCCACAACUCCGAGCAACAGAUUAUUGGCGUCGCCGGCAAGAAUCCCAUCGAGCAUGUACACUCCCAGGGACGUGUGUUGGGCGAUCGAUCGGUGCUGUACAAGUACAUCAACCCUAAUUUAGUGGCUUUUGUUACACAGGCCCCGGAUUCCACACACAAAUCCGUGCUAAAUUUGUAUCUGGUUGAUGUGGUCUCCGGCUCCGUGGUUUUCACCAUGACGCAUCGUAAGGUGCGUGCACCACUAAGCAUUGUCCACUCGGAAAACUGGCUUGCCUACUCCUAUUUCAAUGAGAAAUUGCGUCGCACAGAAAUUACCACAAUUGAACUGUACGAGGGCAAGACUCAGGCAAACAGUAGUGUUUGGAGCUCCUUGCAAGCUCCACCAAUGCCCCUUGUGGAGCGCCAGUCUUACAUACUCCCCACAAUAGUAGAGGCUCUGCGGGAAACUAUUACGGAACGCGGAAUCACCAACAAGCACGUGCUUAUCGGCACUGCAAGUGGUUCCAUUGUUGAAAUGCCGUGGCAUAUGCUGGAUCCCCGUCGUCCGAUCGCAUCUACGACUCAGGGACGUGAGGAAGGAGCCAUCCCCUACAUACCCGAGCUGCCUUUGCCAACGGAGAGCCAUAUAAAUUACAACCAGACGGUGGCCCGUCUGCGAAAUAUUUAUACCGCGCCCAGUGGUUUGGAGAGUACCUGUCUAGUCGUUGCUACGGGUUUAGAUUUGUUCGUUACGCGCGUGGCGCCAUCUAAGACGUUUGACUUGUUGAAGGAGGACUUUGACUAUAUUCUCAUUUCCAUAGUGCUAGUCGCGCUCACAUCGGGCUCGUUGAUUGUUAAGCAUUUGGCGUCGCGGAAAUUGCUCAAGCAGGCGUGGAAAUAGGCUUGGCAUUAUUAUUAAAUAAUUGCUUUAAAUACAUAUAAAAUUGUACUGCGACCAAAUAACACAAGGGAGGAUGGAAUGAUGAGAAAGUGUAAAUCGGCGAGAGAGUAUAUAUACAUAUAACAAUUCUGAUAUCUGCAUUACAUCCCACAAUGCGAAUAAAACCCUUUCUCAACGCUAA